UCCUGUGACGUCACUGUGGCAAGAUGGCGGCUGUAGGCGGAGGCGCGCCGAGCGGUAGCGGCGACGACGCGUUUCUAACCUAUUAUUCAGAGGUGAAACAGAUCGAGAAGAGAGAUUCAGUUUUAACAUCGAAACAGCAGAUCGAGAGAUUACUGAGACCCGGAUCUUCAUACUUUAACCUGAACCCGUUUGAAGUGCUUCAGAUCGACCCUGAAGCCACAGAUGAGGAACUAAAGAAACGAUUUCGACAGUUGUCUAUCCUGGUCCAUCCAGACAAGAAUCAGGAUGAUCCUGAUCGGGCACAACUGGCGUUUGAAGCGGUUGAUAAAGCUUAUAAGAUGCUGCUGGAGCCCGAGCAUAAGAAGAAAGCUUUAGAUGUGAUUCACGCAGGGAAGGAGUACGUGGAGCACAUGAUGGCCCAGAAGAGGAAACAGUUGAAGAAGGACGGGAAGCCCACAGACGUGGAGGAGGACGACCCUGAACUGUUCAGACAGGCAGUUUAUAAACAAACCAUGAAACUCUUCGCCGAGCUGGAAAUUAAGAGAAAAGAACGAGACGCAAAGGACAUGCAUGAAAGAAAGAGACAGCGAGAGGAGGAGAUCGAGACGCAGGAAAAAGCAAAGAGAGAGCGAGAAUGGCAGAAGAACUUUGAGGAGACUCGUGACGGACGCGUGGACAGCUGGAGAAACUUCCAGGCCAAAGGAAAGACUAAGAAAGAAAAGAAGAACCGAACUUUCCUAAAGCCGCCUAAGGUGAAGAUGGAGCAGCGAGAAUAACAAACACACACACACACAGACUUCAUUUUGUACAUAUUUAUGAAUAAUUGUGAUUCUCAUGUAGUAUGAAACAGACUUUGAUCCCAUCACAGUUUGCUGUUGUUGUUUUUUCUGUUGUUUUAUGUUUCCUCUACAAAUAAACCUUUGUUUGUAGAUAUUUGCCGUUGCUAGUUUUUAAUAUUGUACAUAAUUAAACUUCUGUUUCUGAUCUGA